AUGACUCUGCAAGGAGGCUUUGAGAGAGCGUGGAAUGGCUGCAACAGAGGUGUCUGCUGCUGGGUAUUGCUGCUGCCUUGUUAUUUCGCGAUCGCCUUGGCAGCCAAACCCAAAAUGCCAGGCCACACACACCUCAAUUCAAUACGUAUUGAUGGGGACAUAUCUCUGGGUGGGCUGUUCCCAGUGCAUGCAAGGGGAAACGAUGGCAAAGCCUGUGGGGAGCUGAAGAAGGAGAAAGGGAUCCAUAGGCUGGAGGCCAUGUUAUUUGCCCUGGAUCGUAUCAAUAAUGACAAUGAGCUGCUGCCUAAUAUCACUCUGGGGGCACGCAUUCUGGACACCUGCUCCCGGGACACCCAUGCUCUGGAGCAGUCGCUGACAUUUGUUCAGGCGCUGAUUGAGAAAGACUCAACUGAUGUCAAGUGUCUCAGCGGAGGGCCGCCCAUCAUCACUAAGCCUGAGAGAGUGGUGGGAGUGAUUGGUGCAUCUGCCAGCUCCGUGUCAAUCAUGGUAGCCAACAUUUUGCGUCUCUUCAAGAUCCCUCAGGUGAGCUAUGCCUCCACGGCUCCGGAGCUGAGUGAUAACACCCGCUAUGACUUCUUCUCACGGGUGGUGCCCCCAGACACCUACCAGGCCCAGGCCAUGGUGGACAUUGUCAAAGCCAUGCGCUGGAACUAUGUUUCCACUGUAGCCUCUGAGGGAAACUACGGAGAAAGUGGCGUUGAUGCGUUUAUUCAAAAGUCCAGAGAGGACGGUGGUCUGUGCAUUUCCCAGUCCGUGAAAAUACCACGUGAGCCAAGGACUGGAGAGUUUGACAAGAUUAUUCGCAGGCUGAGUGAGAACCCCAACGCCCGAGUAGUCAUUAUCUUUGCCAAUGAGGAUGACAUCAGGCGGCUCCUUCAGGCAGCUAAGAAGGCCAAUCAAACUGGCCAUUUCAUCUGGGUAGGUUCAGACAGCUGGGGCUCCAAAAUCUCCCCAAUACUGAACCAGGAAGAAAUGGCAGAAGGCGCUGUCACCAUCCUACCCAAACGACAGUCCAUCAAAGGUUUUGAUCGCUACUUCAUCAGCCGAACACUAGAGAAUAACAGAAGGAAUAUCUGGUUUGCAGAGUUCUGGGAGAAUAACUUCCAAUGCAAGCUUAGUCGGCACGCUGUGAAGAAAGGAUCUGGCAUCAAAAAAUGCACAAAUCAUGAGCGGAUCGGGAAAGACUCAUCCUACGAACAAGAAGGGAAGGUUCAGUUUGUGAUCGAUGCAGUUUAUUCCAUGGCUCAUGCUCUACAUAACAUGCACAAGGAUCUCUGCCCUGGAAAUGUUGGCCUCUGCUCCAAGAUGGAUACCAUCAAUGGCACACUGCUGCUCAAGUACAUCCGCAAUGUCAACUUUACAGGAAUUGCUGGCACCCCGGUGGUCUUCAACGUGAAUGGAGAUGCUCCUGGUCGCUAUGAAAUCUACCAAUACCAGAUCGUAAAUAACAUCACAGAAUACAAGAUCAUUGGCCACUGGACAGAUCAGCUCCACUUAGACACUAAUGAGAUGCAGUGGCCUGGUGAAUCACAAGAAGUCCCGUCCUCUAUAUGCAGCCAACCCUGUCGUCCUGGGCAGCGCAAGAAGACAGUGAAGGGAAUUCCAUGUUGUUGGCACUGCGAAAAUUGUGAUGGCUACCAGUAUCAGGCAGACACUUACACCUGCAAGAUGUGCCACUUUGAUUUGCGGCCGAAUGCGAACCACACUGGCUGCGAUGCCAUUCCCGUUGUCAAGCUGGAGUGGAGCUCCCCCUGGGCAGUCAUCCCUGUCCUUAUCGCUGUCCUGGGCAUCAUGGCUACUGUGUUUGUGGUCGCCACAUUUAUACGCUACAAUGACACGCCCAUUGUUAAGGCAUCAGGUCGAGAACUGAGCUAUGUGCUGCUGACAGGUAUCUUUCUCUGCUAUGCUACCACAUUCCUUAUGAUCUCCACUCCUGAUGUGGUUAUAUGCUCACUGCGAAGAAUUUUCCUGGGUCUGGGUAUGAGUAUAAGCUAUGCAGCGCUACUGACCAAGACAAAUCGGAUCUACAGGAUUUUUGAGCAGGGCAAGAUGUCGGUCAGUGCCCCUCGAUUCAUCUCCCCAGCCUCCCAGUUGGUCAUCACAUUCAGCCUGAUAUCAGUGCAGCUGCUUGGAGUGUGUAUCUGGUUUGGUGUUGACCCAUCACAAGCCAUCAUCGACUAUGAGGAUCAGCGUACAGCCAAUCCUAAAAUGGCCCGUGGUGUUCUGAAAUGUGAUAUAUCAGACCUCUCUCUCAUCUGUCUGCUGGGUUAUAGCAUGCUGUUGAUGGUCACCUGCACAGUUUACGCAAUCAAGACCAGAGGGGUUCCGGAGACAUUCAAUGAGGCCAAACCCAUCGGCUUCACCAUGUACACCACCUGCAUCGUAUGGCUUGCCUUCAUCCCCAUCUUCUUUGGGACCUCACAAUCAGCAGAAAAGAUGUAUAUCCAGACCACAACCCUGACCAUCUCCGUAAGCCUCAGUGCGUCGGUCUCUCUGGGAAUGCUCUACAUGCCUAAGGUCUACGUGGUUCUCUUUCAUCCAGAGCAGAACGUACCCAAGCGCAAGCGCAGCCUGAAGGCUGUGGUCACUGCAGCCACCAUGUCCAACAAGUUCAACCCCAAAGGUGGCCUGAGGCCCAAUGGAGAGGCCAAGUCUGAACUCUGUGAAAGUCUUGAAACACAAGCGUUGGCUUCCAAGCAGACAUACAUAAGCUACAGUAACCACGCCAUCUAA